AUGGAGAUUCGCCCCGUGGGCGCGCCAGUGACGUCCGGAUCGUCUGAGUCGCCCGAUUCCCACCCACCGUCCGCCCCGCCUCGUAAACGAGUACGCCGCUGGCACCACCGAGGGUUCACAGGUUGCUCAACCUGUCGCCGCCGCCAUGUUCGAUGCGACGAAGAUUCCCCCUCAUGCAAAAAUUGUACAAGGCUGGGGCUCGAGUGCGAUGGGACACAGGGUCGAAUGACCUUUAAGGUCUAUGGCCCCACUCAAAGCCAGGAACCACCACCGAUCAUAGCACCCAAGAAGCGGAAGAAGAGAGAAUCGAAGCCAAGCAAGGCGAUCCCUGGUACCGGAACACUCGUGAUAAAGAAGGAGGAAGUGGAUGAGCCAUGGGAAGCUGUUGUGGUGUCUCCGACCACUUUACCGCAACAAUCACAGAUCAAUUUUGUUUACCACGAACCUCGGCCGGCGAACCUCGUGCCCGCGAGUGUCCAAACAACGGACGAUCGCUACUUCACCCAUUUUAUCGAUCAGGUCUCCACCCUCCUUAUUAUUUACGAUAAUUCUAUCAACACCAAUCCAUAUCGAAGGCACUUUCCCGAUUUUGCGCGCUCUUCCCCUUCCAUGGUGGGUGCCAUGGAGGCACUGGGCGCAUUACAUUUGGCCAAUACUUCUGUCGGACCGCAGCGCAUUUCGCAUAUCCAGCAGGCGAUGAGUAAAUACGGUGAAGUUGUUCAAAUUUUCCGGGGCCGGUACGCUCGGCCGAGCCAACAAUUGGGAAUGACCGACUUCGCAACAUGCUUGUUGCUCUGUCUUUUCGAGAUGAUGGACUCCCAAAACCAUAACUGGGCCGUGCAUCUCAAGGGUGCCCGUGAGAUCUACAACCUUCUUUUCUAUCCCCACACUGGCGGUACCUCCACUCGUGAAAACCAGAGAGUUGCUGAGUGUAAUCACCCUCUCCGAUCAUUCCUUGUGUCUUUGCUGUCAUACCUCGACGUGGCUGGUGCAUGUGCCACACCUGGUGGGACCGUUGUCGAAGGGAAUUAUUGGAAAACCCUCGGAGGCGGGUGGGAAUACAACCUAGGGACACCUAGCUUGUCAUCAUCCACAAUUCCCGACAACCCGACCUUAGUCGAAUUGCGACACGCAUGGUCAGGAAUGAUGGAGGUCCAGACAGCGAUCAGUACUUUUGCUCGUGAUAAACAGUGGAUGCCUCCCGACCAGCAGGACAUGGUCUACAAGGACAUUUUCAAUCGAUUGGUGGUGUGGCGUGCUAGCACGCCAAUCAGCCUCCAGCUCCUGGGUGAUAUGGAACUCGACGAUGAAAGCCUGCGUCAAUUCCCUUUUCCUGAUAUGUUGGAGUAUGUUGGAUGCGUUGAGGCGUAUGAGAAAGCGACCUUUGUACAUCUACAUCAAAUUGCUGGUACGGGUCGACCGCACUGGAUCACCGAUCGAACUUACUUGGAUAUGCUCAUCAGUCGUAUUCUCACCCUGAUCCGCAAGUUAUCUAAGGGUGUUGGACAGUUAGCCAUCUUAUGGCCUCUCUUCAUCGCUGGACAAGAGACGCGCAAUGAAGAUGAACAAAAAUACGUUCGCCAAACAAUGGAGGAGCUGAAACGCUUUGGCUUCAAAAACGUUGACAAGGGCCUUGAAUUGCUUGAGGGAGUAUGGUUCAAACGACGAGCAUUCCCUGAAGGCUGGACCGAGACCUUGGAUGAAAUCCAGUCCAAUAUUCUCCUACCUUGACGACUCCACAAUCUUGACGGACAAGCCCCUUUUGACGACCACUGAACUCGAGCCUAUAUGACUUGCAUCACUUACGAUAGACCUCACAUACUGGAGACCAUCCAGUCACGCACAUAGUUUUGGCACGUACAUUUCAUACGCCAUAAACAUCAAUUUACGAACCUCAUGAUAUGAC